GUGCCAGACUACAUGGCGCGGCUGCUCAUUUAAAUCGAUGCCCAGGCGAGGCUCUGGGAGGGUUAGCUGACCGGCCCGAGCGCACAGCUUGCGAGGGGCUCAGAACGCUCUCUCGCCUCCUUCCCGGAGCCCCGGAGCCUGGAGGUGCCCACCGGGGGAAAGGGCCGUAUGGUCCAGGCCUCAAUGAAGAGCCCAAACAUGGAGGCGUUCAAACAGCAGAAGGUGGAGGACUUUUACGACAUCGGAGAGGAGCUGGGGAGUGGCCAGUUCGCCAUUGUGAAGAAGUGCCGGGAGAAGAGCACGGGACUUGAGUACGCGGCCAAGUUCAUCAAGAAGAGGCAGAGCCGGGCCAGCCGGCGGGGCGUGGAGCGGGAGGAGAUCGAGCGGGAGGUGAGCAUCCUGCGGCAGGUGCUGCACCCCAACGUCAUCACGCUGCACGACGUCUACGAGAACCGCACCGACGUGGUGCUCAUCCUCGAACUAGUGUCUGGAGGAGAGCUCUUCGAUUUCCUGGCCCAGAAGGAGUCACUGAGUGAGGAGGAGGCCACCAGCUUCAUUAAGCAGAUCCUGGACGGUGUGAACUACCUUCACACAAAGAAAAUCGCUCACUUUGAUCUCAAGCCAGAAAACAUUAUGCUGUUAGACAAGAAUAUUCCCAUUCCACACAUCAAGCUGAUUGACUUUGGCCUGGCUCAUGAAAUAGAAGAUGGAGUUGAAUUUAAGAACAUUUUUGGGACACCAGAAUUUGUUGCUCCAGAAAUUGUGAACUACGAGCCCCUGGGGUUGGAGGCCGACAUGUGGAGCAUAGGCGUCAUCACCUACAUCCUCCUAAGUGGAGCAUCCCCUUUCCUGGGAGACACGAAGCAGGAAACGCUGGCAAAUAUCACAGCCGUGAGUUAUGACUUUGAUGAGGAAUUCUUCAGCCAGACGAGCGAGCUGGCCAAGGACUUCAUUCGGAAGCUUCUGGUUAAAGAGACCCGGAAGCGGCUCACAAUCCAAGAGGCUCUCAGGCAUCCCUGGAUCAUGUCAAAAGGAGAAGUCAGAGCCCCCGAACAGCGGCAGGCGGAGCCCACCCAACUGAAGACCAAGCGCCUGAGAGAGUAUACCCUCAAGUGCCACUCCAGCAUGCCCCCCAACAACACCUAUGUCAACUUCGAGCGGUUUGCCCACGUGGUAGAGGAUGUGGCCCAGGUGGAGCAGGGAUGCCGCGCCCUGGCGGGGGCCAAUGACACUAUCCAGGACGACGUGGAGGCCCUGCUCUCCAUCUACAACGAGAAGGAGGCUUGGUACCGAGGGGAGAAUGAGCGUUCCCGGCACGACCUGUCCCAGCUCCGAUAUGAGUUCCGCAAGGUGAAGUCCUUGAAGAAGCUCCUGCGAGAAGACAUCCGGGCCACAGGGUCCGGCCUUGGGAGCGUGGCCAGGAAACUGGACCAUCUGCAGGUGCAGUUCGAGGCUCUGAGGCAGGAGCUCUCGGCAGACCUCCGGUGGCUCGAGGAAAUGGUGGGCAGCUUCCAGCUGGAGAGUGGGAGCUCAGAAGACCUGGGCUCCAUGUGCCGCCGGGAUGCCAGUGACCCCCUGUCAGAGCUGUUCAACAGAUCGUGCACCCAGGAAGUCCUGGGCAGCUUGAAGCUCUGAGCCUGAGAGUCCCAUCCCGCAGAGCCUGUCCUCUCCGCCCUCACAGCAGCAUGUGUGUGUCUGUAGCAGAGACUUCCACACCCUUCGGAUCCAGAGUCACCGAGGUGCUAACUAAUUAUUCAUUUGGCAACGCCCCUCAGCAGCCUGGUUUUCUGGAAGGGUGUUGGUAAGGCAGUCAAGCUGUUAAAAUAAUUAGAAAAUGGAAAAUCCUCUCUCCCCCGAGAGCACCCUGCUCCAGAGGGAGGACGGCUGGCCCUAUGGAGCUGCUUGAUCAUCGGUUUGUUCACCUCUCACUUCGGCCUUCAUGCCUUACAGACUGAAGCUCUCCAUCUCGAGGACCAUUUGCGUUAACUAGGGGUAACUAAGUCAGCAUGGUGCUCUUCUGCUGCAGAAGCUGGGGCUUUCGACUGCACCGAGGAAAUAUUACCUGUCAUUAGGUCUGUGACCUCACUUGUCCUCCAAAGAGCUCUGUGAGAUAGGAAGGCGGGAGGUGAUAUUAUUAUUACUGCCGUGUAACUCAUGAAGGAGAUGGACUCAGAGAGGGAUCAUUCCUAGCCAGUUGGCAGAGAUGAAACAAAAACCCAGGAUGCCCAUCUCUAAGAUGGCGACGUGGGAAGGAGUAGUGAGGCCUUGCUAUAAAUAUCCACCUCAACAUUAAGGUUCACAUCCCAGGGCAAAGCGAGCAACUUUGUGAAUCCUUCCAGAUGUAAGCGGAAGGCAUACACCUGCAGAGAACUGUCCCAGGAGCUGCGUCCCAGGAGGCACCGUCUCUGUUCUACCACCCUGGCCCCAUCUGAUGGCCAGCCUGCAGGCAGGAGGGAAGGGGCAGCUCUCCCCCUUCUCCAUCCUUUCCCCAGUUCUGGCUAAGAGCCCCAGAGGUACUCAACAAGGAGCUUACCUUUUUUUAUGUGUCUAGGUCGUUGGGCCCUGAGGGUUUCAAAUCUCAUGAGUUUUCAAAGAAGGUGAGCAUAAGACUGGGAGGUUCCAGGUUCAGUGUUCCUUCCAGAAAAUGCUUUGAGGGUUUAUUUCCUUGUCUCCCUUCCCCGAGAGGGGUUGUAAAGGACUGUGCAGAGCAUGGAGCGCGGGCCCAGCACUGUGCUAGAAGUUUGAGGGUGGAGGGAGGCAGACCCUCUCGCUGUCUUUACAGCCUCCCGAAGCAUCCCUGUCAGUAGGUGCAAUGGCUGUGGACCCCUCUGAGCAGAUGCUAUUCCAACUUGGAGAUGAGGAAACAGAGAGGAUGUGAUUUGCUUGAGGGCACAUGUUUAGUGGCAGAAGUGGAGGCCUUCUGAUGACAAAUCUUGCUCCUUGUCUUCCCCUGCCCGCCCCCAGCUCCAGGAGUUCACUCUCCAUUUCUGGAUUCAUUCAUCCACUCUCAAGUCAUUAUUGGACACCUACCAACAUCCAGAGACUUGACUUGAGUCUAGGGACGUAAUGUUGAGUGAAAACAGGCCUGUUUCCUGCCUUCAAGGAGUUGUCAGGCAAGGGAGCUCUCAGGCUAGUGACGGAUUUGGACGGUAAUCAAGAACUGCACAAGAAACCUCAGCUGGGACAUAUUCUAGGGAAGACAAGCCCCAGCUCUUAAGGGCCUGCAGUGGGGUGUGAUCUGGUCAGGUGGGCAUCCCUGAAGCAGCAGCACUGGAGCUGAGAUCAGCGAAGCAAACCAAGGCAGGAGAGAGAUGUCCCUCACAGGCUCUGUGACGUGUGGGCGCGCAGAAGCUGAGAACAUGAGGGUGGGAAAAAAGCUGGAGGAGGGAGAAUAGGAACACAGUGGGGAUGUGGCUGGAGAGCAGGCAGGACCAGAAGGGUUUGGGCCAUGUUAAAGAGCUCUGCCUUUAUCUCAAGGGUCAAGGGUCAUGGAAAACCACUUCUGGGUCCUGGGCUAGUCAAUGGCCCCAAGUGCUGGUGGGGAAAUCCCAGUGAGCAGUGCAGACAGGAAGUGGUUUAAGACAACACAUGAGUUGUGUUUUUGUGGUUUAUGUGUGUGUGUGUGUGUGUGUGUGUGUGCUAGUUUAGUUUUUGCAGUAGGGUGUGUGUGCUCGCUGGAAAGAGAUGGGGUUGGGGAAGUGAGAAAUCAACCCGGGGGGCAUGGUCUCACUGCAGUUUCUUCUACUCUAGGCUCCUCUCAGGAUUUUUGAGCACACACACACACACACACACAUGUGCCAGGUGUGUUUCUCAAGCUGCCAU